UCCAUUGCGACUCCCCAGCGGUCAGUCAGUUGUUCUUUGUCUCCGGUACGAGUUAGAUCGGUUUAUUAUUUGCUCGCAAUCGCGUCCCGCACUGCGCUCUUGCUCGACUGUAACAACACACAUUCACGGGGUGCGCAUCAUCGUCGCCGUCGCCACCGUCGUCGUCGUCGUCGUCGUCGUCAUCGCGUGUCUUUAUCGCUCAAGAAAUCAAUCGUUUGCCGUUCGUUGUCUUCUGAUAGCGCGCAAAUAUAUGUACUGAGUUUAAACUGUGUAUACAAUUGAACACUGAAUGAGAGAGCAAGGGAGAGUUGUGCUAAUCUUCGUUCAGAACUGACGGCGGAAUCCGUCUUCAUUAGUUCACUGGACGGCGGUCAGAGUGGACGGUUUUUCCUUCGGUGGUGUAAUCAGGUUUUUCCGGGCUCGCGUUGAUUCUAGGCUUCGGAAGAAAAGUGAACCGGGUGUACUUGACUGGUUUUGUGUGUAAAUUUUUUGUGCAAAAGAUGGAAUAAAGUGGCUUUGUGUGAUCAACUGGCAGUGUUUGUGUGACUCAUUUGGAAGUAUCGUGUGGGAUAUCCGCAAGGAAACUCGACUCUUGUUGACAAGGGAAAGAAAGAGUGACAUUAAAUCCAAGGUACAAAGUUCAAGAGAGAUAGAGUGUACGUGACAAAAGCGGUUGGUGAAGAGACAGACAGCUAUGGAUAUUCUACAGCAGGAGGUGCGGGGUGGUAUAGCCCUGUCUUCGCUCAGUUCGGAUCAGCAUGCGCCGAUUUACAACUCGACGACGGUUCCCUUGAACCGGAAGGAUUCAAGGCAUUUGGAUCAAGUGUUGAAUAAUACCGGGCAUGGCAAUGGCAAUCACAACAACAACAACAGCAGCCACUUCCAGUCGCACAAUGACAUCGAGGCGCACCACAUUAGGCCGUUCCAGAAUUUGCCGGCCCGCGAACCGGUGGAUAUUCAGUUCAAGGAUGUCUCGUACUGCGUCAGUAUGGGAUUUAGGAAAGGCCAAAAAGAGAUCCUCCAUACAGUCAAUGGAAGGUUUCCGGGAUCGCAGCUCAUUGCCAUCAUGGGACCAUCGGGGGCGGGAAAGUCCACCCUGUUGGAUGUGCUGUCCGGCUACAGACGGACCGGUGUCGAGGGAGCGGUUUACGUCAACGGGCGCAUUAGGAAUUUGAACAGCUUUCGGCGGAUGACCUGCUACAUAACGCAAGAUGAUCAACUGCAGACGCUGUUGACGGUGCUGGAGAACAUGCGGAUAGCUGCGGACUUGAAACUGGGUCCAGAGGUUUCCAAGCACGAGAAGGAGUCGAUUAUCGAGGACAUCCUGACGGUUUUGGGCUUGUACGAGCACCAGGACACAAUCACUAGUCGGUUAUCGGGCGGUCAGAGGAAACGACUGUCGAUCGCUCUGGAGUUGAUCAACAACCCGACGAUCAUGUUCUUGGACGAACCCACCACUGGCCUCGACAGCUUCUCCUGCAAUCAGGUGGUGGACCUUCUGAAACAGCUAGCCAAACAGGGCCGCACGAUUAUCUGUACUAUCCAUCAACCAUCGGCCAAACUGUUCCAGGAAUUCGACCAGGUUUAUGUCCUGUCCAACGGCGAGUGCAUGUACCAGGGCUGCACCACCAACCUAGUGCCGUUCCUGCAAUCGGUGGACAUGCCUUGUCCGGUGUAUCACAACCCUGCUGAUUACGCGAUCGAGCUGGCCUGCGGCGAACAUGGCCUGGAGAAGGUUCAAACCAUGGUGAUGGAAAUGGGCAACGGUGAAAGUACGGAAUGGUUCAGUGACAGGCGGAAAGUGCUCAAGUUGGAACAACUCCGGAAGAAGUAUCCACUGAAGAAAGUCAUCGAGCAGCACGAGGACAUGCAUGCCACUUCGCAAUGGCACCAGCUGGAGGUUCUCAUCAAGCGAGGGAUAAUUAAAGCGAAACGGGAUGCAACGCUGACACAUUUGCGCAUCGGAGUCAACAUCAGUAUCGCUUUAAUGCUUGGGUUUUUGUUCAUCGAUGCCGGUAACGAGGGAUCGCGAGUGCUGGACAACUACAAUUUGCUGUUCUCGAUCCUGAUGCACCACAUGAUGGCGACGAUGAUGUUAACGGUAUUAACGUUCCCCACCGAGAUGGGAGUCAUUCUGAAGGAGCAUUUCAAUCGAUGGUACUCACUGAAGAGCUACUACCUGUCUGUGAAUAUAAUUGAUCUACCUCUGUCGUUCUUCUGCUGCUUGCUGUUCACCUGUAUCAUCUACUUUAUGAGUGGUCAGCCAAUGGAGUGGUUCCGAUUUGGAAUGUUCUUCACAAUUAGUUUCCUCAUCGUGCUCAUAGCGCAGGGUAUCGGGCUGACCAUCGGCACCUGGUUCAAUGUAGUGAAUGGCACCUUCCUCGGCCCCGUGCUGUCUAUCCCGAUGAUGAUGUUCGCUGGCUUCGGUGUCACGUUGCGAGAUCUGCCGGGUUAUCUCAAGUGGGGUUCGCACAUCUCCUAUCUGCGGUACGGCUUGGAGGGAUACGUCAAUGCGAUCUACGGCGAAAACCGAGCGACGAUGGACUGCGAGCUGAAACCGUACUGCCAUUACAGGUACCCCGCAAAGUUCCUCUCUGAGAUCGCGAUGGAAGGCGAUCAGUUCUGGAAGGACGUCUACGCCCUGACCGGAACGUUGGUGCUGGUUCGCGUGCUGUGCUACUUUGCCCUCCGAUGGAAGGUCAUAGCUGUGCGAUAAGGCAAAUCAAAAGCGUGACUUCGGAAUUUGGAAAUAAUUCCCCAGUUGAAGAAAAAGACUUCAAUAGGUGUUGAUAUUCGCCAACAUUCGUGAAUGCAUUAUUGUUAGCUCGGAAAGGGUUGU